AUGAACGGUGGGAUUUCUCACCAGAGAGGAGGGGGAGGAGAGCGUUUGUUAACAGCCUUGAAAAAAAUCACUUCAAUCUAUUUCUUGGAGUUCUCUGACGAUAGCAAGGCUAAAGACUUCUACGACCUGUUUGGAUGCACUGGUAAGGUGGUGGAAGUGGCGAUAUCUCCAAGAAGGAAUAAUAUUGGGAAGAAGUUCGACUUCACCAGGUUUAAGGAGGCGGAGGACACGAGGCUUUUAGCGGUUAGACAGGAUAACGUUCAGAUUGUAGGAAGAAAAUUCAUGCUAAUUUACCAAGGUUUGAAAGAAACAAUUUCCGAAAGAGGAAAGGCGAAGGCGGUACAGGGUGUGAAAAGUGGACUCGUGUAUUCAUCUAAGGAGGAAAACAAAUCGAGACUUCAAAUUGCCUAUGUUGGACAAGUCUUUUAUCCAGGAAUUCAUUCUUGUGCUAAGGAAAAGUCUUUUGGUCCGCUCACUUCAGCUUCAGGUAAUUCUAAAACUCAAAUUACCAGUUCUGCUUCUUCUGAUUCGGAAGAAGACUGGUCUUGUGAUCAGUUUGAUGGGUUAGCAGGAUCCGUGAAUGUUGAUGCUGAAGACAAUAUUGGUGAGUUCUCGGUUAGGAGGGGGGACGGUAGAUUCGGAAAUUGGGAAUAA